UUUUUUCAUUUUUGUUUUUCCUCAGCAACAGAUCACAGAUCUUAUGUUUCACCAGCAAUGGUGGUCGAUCACUCCAACCUCUUUCUAAAAGAAAACAAAUAACAACCCAUCAAAAUGGACAGACACAUACAGAUUCUGCUGAACAGGCUAUCAUGCGCCUCAAUCACCAUUGCCACAUUCACCAUCGUCCUCCUCCUCCUUCACACCCCUGACACCUGCGUUCCACGACACACCGAACCCAAGCCCCACCAGAGGUUCCCCACUUCCUCCUGCGAUUUCUCACACCGCUCUCUCACGUCACUCGACAAGAAGAACCAACGUCUCUGGUCCACCAAAGCCUGGCUCAAAACGGUCCACUCCUUCACCGCCCUCUUCCUCGACCUUCAAUCCCUCACCCAUCUCACCAACCAUUCUAAGGUUCUCUGCAUCUCCGCCGGAGCCGGCCACGAGGUCAUGGCGUUGCACCAGAUCGGCGUCAGGGACGUCACCGGCGUCGAAUUAUUGGACUCGCCGCCUCUGGUGAGUCGAGCCGAUCCUCAUAAUUUGCCCUUUUUUGAUGACGUUUUCGAUUUGGGUUUCAGUGCGCAUCUUGACCAGGCUCUGUUUCCGACUCGGUUCGCCCUCGAGAUGGAACGGUCGGUUCGGGUCGGCGGGGUCAGCGUUUUGGCUGUGGAGGAGUGUGGGGACGUGGAGGUUCGGGAGAUUGCGAAAUUGUUUCGUAAAUCGAGGUUUGUCAGUGCCAAGAAUGUUACUUUGAUUGGAUUGAAAAUGACACGACUUAUAUUGAGAAAGUAUAUGUUGAUGUGAUUUUAUACAUGUAUGAUGAUUGUAAUGGAUUUGGAUUUGGAGUAUGCAAUGCUUGUAUAGCUAAGCUAAUUGUGUUUAAAUUGUCAGCAAUUGAAGUUUGGCUGCAUCAUGUUGAUUUGUAGUGUUCAUAUUAUUUGCUGUUGUCAAUGUGUAAUUGAAUUUGGUUAAGCCGUUUCGAUUACUUGAACUUAGUUUCAUCUCA